CCGUCCGGGACUCUCUCGUUUCAUGCAUGCAACCACCGUCUCCUCCUCCUUCUAACUUUGCAGUCCUCCACAAUUCCUUCCCGUGUGUGUGCUUUUUAUUUUAUUUUUGUGAAACUCAUCAUCUUUUCCAUGGGCGAGCAUCUUCUUUUAUAGCUUUUCUCUUGGGUCUGUCAAGAUGCAGCUCCGAAACGUCCUGGACGUAAACGUCGUGGACGUGCAGAAGAGAAGGAACCCGUCCAAACACUACGUUUACCUCAUCAACGUCUCUUACUCAGACUCCACUUCCCAUGUCAUCUACAGGAGGUACAGCAAAUUCUUUGACCUGCAGAUGCGAAUACUCGACAAAUUCCCAAUCGAGGGAGGACAGAAGGACCCCAAAAAGAGGAUUAUUCCUUUUUUGCCAGGUAAAGUCUUGUUUCGCCGAAGUCACAUCAGAGAUGUGGCUGUCAAAAGGCUGAAGCACCUCGAUAAUUACUGCAAAGCUCUGAUGAUGCUUCCCUCUCACAUUUCCCAAAGUGAGGAGGUCCUUAAGUUCUUUGAGACCAAGCCAGAUGACCUCAACCCUCCAACAGAAGACUGCGGAGGCUCCGGCAAACGUAAAUCAGGUCUGGACCCUUCGGAUCCCAUGCUCCUGGAUCAGUACGUGGUGGUGGCCAGUUACGCGAAGCAAGAGCCCGCGGAAAUCAGCCUUCAAGCGGGCGAGGUGGUCGACGUCAUUGAAAAGAGCGAGAGCGGCUGGUGGUUCGUCAGCACUGCAGAGGAGCAGGGUUGGGUCCCCGCGACCUACCUCAACUCCCACAGUGGCACACGGGACGACUUGGAGCUGGGGGCCUCGAAAGCCGGGGAAGUGACUAAGCGCCACAAAGCUCAUCUGAAGAGGCUGGACCGGAGAUGGACGUUGGGGGGUGUCAUCAGCCGGCAGCAAAGCCGAGAAGAGAAGUACGUAACAGUGCAGCCCUACGCCAGUGAGGGCAAGGAUGAAAUAGCUUUUGAGAAAGGAGUAACUGUGGAGGUGCUUCAGAAGAACUUGGAAGGCUGGUGGUUCAUCAGGUACCAAGAUAAGGAGGGCUGGGCUCCAGCCUCUUACCUGAAGAAGAUGAAGGAUGAUCUUUCUCCCCGCAAGAAGACGGUGUCUGGACCUGUGGAGAUCAUUGGAAACAUCAUGGAGAUCAGUAACCUGCUGAACAAGAAAGCCUUGAGUGAGAAGGACGUACAGAUUGAAGGAGUCCCGGAGAGCUCCCAAGUGGCCAAGAAGGAGAUCAGUCUUCCAAUUCCGUGUGCGGACUCCAGCCCUGUUAAUAGUCCACAGGAUGGAAAAAGUAAAGCAGAUCCUUCCUCACCGGCAGUGGCCCGCAUCGCUCCUCACCGGGUGGAAAUUGGUUCCCCGGUUCUCAGGCAAAGACCUCCUCCUCGAAGAGAUGCAACCCUGGGAUUUCAGUUGCCCUCCCCACCAGAGGCCCCUACAGUGGAAGCCGAAUAUUAUACCAUUGCAGAUUUCCAGUCCUGUAUAUCUGACGGUAUCACUUUUAAUGGAGGACAGAAAGCAGAGGUCAUUGAAAAGAACUCUGGUGGCUGGUGGUACGUCCACAUCGGAGAGAAGGAGGGCUGGGCUCCCUGCUCCUACAUUGACAAACGUAAGAAGCCCAACCUGAAUCGUAGAACCAGCACUCUUUGCCGCCCAAAAAUUCCUCCUCCAGCUCCGCCUGUCAAAAAACAAGACUCAGUGGAGACUGCACCUCCCAGCAGCCCCGGGUCUGACGCUCCAGAGUCCCCUGUGUCUGCUGGAAGGCCUGUGUAUGAGGAGCCAGAAUAUGAUGUUCCUGCCAUUGGUGAUCUGGACAUGGAGUCUGAGUUUGAGUUUCUGAGGGGAGAAAGUUCCUUGCUGGAUGUUAAAAAUGAAGACACUUCUUCCGAGAAGGGAUCCCACCAGUUCUCCAAGCCUUCUCCGGCUUCGUCGCUCCACAGUGCCUCCUUCAAGACGUGUGACUCGUUUGAAGAUGGCCACGAGGCAGGAGAGGCCGAGGGAGAGGGAGAGUGUAUCUAUGAGAAUGACGGCUUCCGGCCCUUCAGGGAGACGCCAGAGCGCCAGAGCAGCAGGGACUCAAAUUCCUCCAAGACAAGUGUCUUGUCAGAAACUGGCAAGACCGCAAACCCGACAUCAGGUGGAUGGAGACCUGCAGGUAACAAGCUCAAGAUGGACUUGAAUGGGAGCCCGUUUUCAACCAAAGCUGAAGAGGCAUCCAGUCCUAAGUCUCCUUCCACUGAGUCGACUCCAGAUUUGUCCGGAAGUAAGAAAGACCACGAGGAAAGCAAGGCAUCCUGUUCCAUCAAAUCCUGCACGAAACCAAAGCCAGUGGUGAGGCCUAAACCACAUCUCGCCAAAGCAUCCAGUGCAGAGAAGAUGGACAUCAGCACCUUGAGAAGACAGCUGCGGCCAACAGGGCAGCUGAAGAAUGGCACCAAAGCCAAAGGUGAGGACUCUGAGACGGCUUCAGUCGUCUCCUCCGAAGACUCCUUCUCUUCUCAGAGCACGUCGGAUCUCUCCUCCAUCUAUUCCAAAGGCAGCCGGGGAGACUCUGACCUGGAAGGCAGCAGCCUCUAUCGAACCACAGAUCCAUAUGAGAAAGUCCAAGAGUCUGAGCUCAGCUUCCCCGCCGGUGUGGAGGUGGAAGUGCUGGAGAAGCAGGAGAGCGGCUGGUGGUAUAUCCGCUGGGGAGACACGGAGGGUUGGGCUCCCACUUACUUCCUGGAGCCCGCCAGGCAACGAGAUGACACGGCAGGGUCUGAAUCUGAUGGCACCCCGACAAAACCCGGUAGCCUCAGCAAGUCCAACAGUCUGGAGAAGAAUGAACAAAGGGUACAGGCGUUGAACAACAUCAACCAAAGCCUCAAGAAGGUCACCCCACCCAUCCCCUCCAAGCCUCCAGGUGGCCUCUCCAAACCCAUCGGCUUGUUCGGUUCACGGAAACAGAAUAGCGCCAAACAGCAGCAGGUUGUGAGACCUCAGUCUGUCUUCAUAUCGGCCCCGAUCAGGGACGGGUCAAGCCCCGUUGGCUCUUUAAGGAGAAACGAGUCCCUCAACUCAACGGACCACCCUCGCGCCAGCCCCACGGUGCGCCGCAACGCCUCCUUCGGCACCGUGCCACGCAGCCUGCCGCCAAACAACAUAGGACUGCCCAACAGGAACAGAUCCGGUUCCGGUAGCUCGGAAUCGCUCGGCCUCAGCUCUCAGAGGAAUGCCCUCCCUGUGUCCACAGUCAAGCCCAAGCCCCACAUCAUCCACAACAACCUCAAAGAGGUGUACGUCUCGAUAGCAGAUUACCAUGGUGACGAGGAGACCAUGGGAUUUCCCGAGGGGACGAGUCUGGAGGUCCUGGACCGAAACCCCAACGGAUGGUGGUACUGCAAGAUUAUGGAUAGUGGCAGACCAAGGAAAGGAUGGGUUCCCUCAAAUUACCUUGAGAAAAAGCACUAGCACUCACGUGGAGCUUGCAGAACUCUGAAAAUGCAUGGAAAGACUAUUAACAGAUUUAUUUUGUGAAAAAAGCCAAAGACAUUAAGUAAGGAUUGAAAUCUUACCCGGUACCUUUGCCAAAGCGAACAGCCAGAUCCAAUUGUGACUUUGAAAUGAAGUACAUCUGGUAAAAUGAGUCUACAUUAAAAAAGUGCCUGAGACGUCGCAUUAGGAGCAAUAUAUUGAGACUUAGUGACGCAGCCAAAGAGAACACCCGAGAGAGGAAUAAUGCUUUAAUGAUAUUCUUCAGAUGUUGCCUUUAACUUGAAAUAAGAUCUAAUUGUGUGUCCUCGAACCUUUUUCUGUAAGUUUAUAAUGUAAUCUUUUUUAAACUUUUGAAGCAUUUAAAGCUUACUGCAUGUUUGAAAUGAUUCAUUAUACCGACAAUGCCUUGAGCUCUUGAAGUUAAAUCUUUUUCUCCUCCUUUUCAUAAAGAAAAUCUCAAUUGUUGCCAAAGCUGCUUUGUGUCCGUCCCACCAUGGUGCUUGUCUGUUUGCAUGUUUAAAAAAAAAAAUCUCUUUAUCCUGUACGUGACCGUUAUGUGAUAUAUUUUAUCCAUUUAAUUGUGUAAUAUUGUCCUUCCGAAACUAUUUGUGAGCAUCUCUGAUUAUCACAGUUUUUUUCCUACACUUAUAUGUAAAAACAAUCGCUUAUGAUCUUCCGUAAAAAAUAUUUUGGGGUUUCAUUUCAUUGUCCGAGAUUAAAUCUUAACGUCAGUGGAAAAAUUAUUUAUUCAUUACUUAAGAAUCAUAUGUUACUUGUUUUAUUAUUAUUGUAUGGAAUUUACUGAUAAAUACCAUUUCACAACUGCUUAAACAUUUCUAAGAACUGCUCUAUUAAUUAUGAUUACAGUUUGAAUUUCUGCUGGGCAGUAAAUUUGACAUUACUCUUCAGCUGCAGCAGAUGCUCACUUUUGUUUCAUGUUAACUAUGUGACCAGUGAUGAUAACUGAAGUGCCAAAAGAAUGAAUUUAAUAAAUGCACUUUUGAACAUUA